AUGGCUCAAGAAGAUUAUAACCUGGACAUGAACACAGAGUCUGUGCAGUUAGCCUACUCAUUACCAGAGGCAAUGAUGCAACAUAUGGCUUCAGACACCCCUCCUAUUCAUGUUACAAGUGAUAGACAAGUUCGGAACUUGCUCGAGAUAGCUAAAACGCAUGAAGUACGUCAUUGUGUAUCAAGCCUUAGCAAGAUGAAAGCUGUUUCAGAGGAAGGGGAAGAGGAUGAUGAAUGGGAUGAAGCUGAUGAAGGGAAUAAAGAGUUGCGGUUGACAGCGGUGAGGCGUAGGUUCUCCUUCAGAAUAUACAAGUCAAUGAAAACUCUCCUUGUGGAAACAUGUCGGGUUAAUGGUUGUGGAUGGAAGAUCAGAGCGAGUGUGAAACAUGAGACAAACACUUUUUGGGUAAACAAGUAUGUGGAAACUCAUACAUGUUCUGUGGGAGACAGAAUUGCCCAGCGGAAACACUGUACUCCGAAAGCAUUGUUAUAUGCGCAAGAAUUGGUGAGAGGAUCAGCGGAAGAUGGGUAUGAGCAACUGCCUUCAUAUUUGGAGCAAAUCUCCUUAGUAAAUCUGGGUUCUAUCACUGGUCUAGAACUUGAUUCUCUGAAUAAAUUUAAGUAUAUAUUUCUCUCCUUUGGAGCUUCAAUCCGAGGUUUUCAGUAUCAGAGAAGGGUCAUUGUGGUGGAUGGGACUCACCUAAGUGGGAAGUAUGAAGGUGUUAUAUUAGUUGCAGCCGCACAGGAUGGUAAUUUUCAGAUAUUUUCAUUGGCUUUUGCGAUCGUUGAUGGUGAAAAUGAUGAAUCUUGGGAGUGGUUUUUCACAAAAUUGGCGAGUUGUGUAUCUGAUGAGUAUCCUCUGGUGAUAGUCUCUGACCGGCACACAUGCAUUAAGAAUGCGUGUGAUAAGGUGUUUCCGUGGGCUACCCGAGGAAUAUGUUAUUAUCACCUUCAACAGAACAUUGUCCAAAAGUAUAAAGGGAAGCAUCUCUUGUACUUGGCGAAAGGUGCUGCUUAUGCUCAUACACUUUACGAUUUUGACCGGUAUAUGGAUGAGAUAAGGAGUGCAAACCCGGAACUUGCAACCUACUUGGAGAAUGCCGACAUGACCCUAUGGUCAAGGAUUCUUUGUCAGGGAGACCGGCACAACAUAAAACUAGCAGCAUCGCUGAAUCGAUUAAUUCCGCACUGA